GAUCUACUGACUGUCAUACGCGGGAGCAGCUUCUUUGCAGAGGGAGGACUUUAGAAAUCGGAGAGCUGGUGGGAAAGACAAGAGGAAUCAAGAGAGGAAGAGUGUCGAGCAGCUCCAGAGAACGAAACAGCCACCCUUUGCAAAAUGAAAUUCAUUUUGACUCAGUAUUUGCUAAUCCUUUUGCCUGUUCUGGUUCUCAGCACCAGACAGGGCUAUGAAGAGCUGGAAAGACAACUUAAAGAAGUCUUUAAGGAAAGAAGCAACAUACUUCGCCAGCUGUCGAAGACAUCCAAAGAGCUGGAGGGAAUUAAAGUAAACCUUCAGUCUUUGAAAAAUGAUGAGGCAUCAGCAAAAAGCGAUGUACAAAAACUCUUGGAAUUAGGCCAGAAACAAAGGGAAGAAAUGAAAUCGCUCCAGGAGACUUUUCAAAAACAACUUAAUGAGGCAACGGAGAAGGCAGAAAAGCAGCAGGCCACAAUUAAUUUUCUGAAGACCGAAAUGGAAAGAAAAAGCAAAAUGAUCAGAGAUCUCCAAAAUGAGAACAAAAGCCUGAAAAAUAAACUCCUGUCAGGGAAUAAACUUUGUGGAAUUCAUGCAGAAGAGUCAAAAAAGAUUCAAGCCCAACUGAAGGAGCUUCGCUAUGGGAAAAAGGAUUUGAUAUUUAAGGCACAGCAGCUUACAGACUUGGAACAAAAACUAGCAAUUGCAAAGGAAGAAUUGGAAAAAGCAGCUCUUGACAAAGAAUCACAGCUGAAAGCUCUGAAGGAGACCGUACAGCUAUGCCUCUCAUCCGUUUUGCACAAUCAGUCUCCUACUGCCAAUAUAAUCCCUUCAAGAUCAGUUGAGAGACAGACAUCAUCUUUUACAAAUGGUUCAAAAGCUCCAUUUCAAGUGACAAACACAAAGCAAAGAAUUCCUACAGGCAAAGAGAUUCCUCAAGUUUCUCCAAAAAGGGUGGAUACUGAUAAAAGUACAUCAGAAUGCAACUCAAAAGAUAUUGGCAACGCUUGUUUAGGAAGCCAGAGUAAUGUAACAGAUCCUAGCAUGCAGAAAUCACACAGUCCUCCAUGGAUUAAACCGGAAAAUAACAAAUCAACCGAGAGAAAAGGAAGCAAUGCCGAAGAGUCAGCUAAAAUAAAUGAAAAGACUCUGUAAAUGCCAUCUUGCUAUCUUUAAAAUGUUAUUCCUUUGCUAUCGUCUUCAUCUUUUUAGUCCAGAGGCAUGAAAAUGUACCAGGUUUCUAGAGCAUGCAAAUUUUUCACUAUUUUAUGGAUGUUUGUAAAUUAGUCAAG